UAUGUGACUUCACCGAAAGAACCAAGAAGACGAAUCCCUGCAGUCACGAAAGCUUUAAAUCGAAGAAUAUACUGCUUUAUCCUAAAGGUGUUUAUGUUUGUGCCAACCUUAUUGUAUGUCCGCUUGUCAUGCUAGAACUGCACCUAGAUGUACCUCUCGGUUUUUUGGCUAUGUAAAAUAAAAACAUUUUUAUAACCUCCUGCAUGAAUGCAUGCACACACACAGAAUAAUCAUUUUCCCAAUGUGUAGGGGCAGAGAAACUAAUAUCACAAUACACAGUGUUAUGUACAGUCUAUAAAAUACCUCACCAUACAUUUUUCUGAAGAGUCAAUCCCCCCAUACAGGGGCUUACAGCUGUGGAUGCCCCAAGGUGACUUGGGCCCAUUCCUCAGCCUAGUCUGCGGCUGGGAACGUCUCCUGGUGUAACCUCUACCCACAGUGUGACCCCUCGUGGCCCUCAACCAUCUCAGCGAUGAUCUUUACCUCCCUGCCCCGCUUCAACCAAACGGGUUGCGCUACCCAGCUUGUGUGGUAUCCAUGGCGUAAUUAACUUUGCGAGAAAAUUGAAUUCACCGUCGUUUGUUUAACCGGGUCAAGGAGUGUGUCUUUUGUAAUGGAAGCCUCCUAGACCAUGGUUGCAUGUGAGCGGCUAUUAAUUUAAUACAUUUCUGCGGCUGGUAAUGUUCAAAAUAUUGUAGUCGGGUGGUGCAACGGUUAGAGUGUGCAGCUCACUGUUGGAUGCUUGUGGGUUUCAAAUUCCGGUCAGGUUAUCAGCUCAAUCCUUCAUCCCUCUGGGGUUGGCAAAAAAGGAUUGAGUACAACUCUAUGGGAAGUCAACAGUGGCUGUUCUCUGUUGGACUGCCCGUCGCGAUGGCGACAGGCCCAACUCCCAACGCCUCCCCGGAGAGAGUGGCCAGCAGAGCCGUCGUGUGGGCCACCAAAAACGGCGAUGUACCACCGAAGACGAGUGACGGUGAGCGGGCCGAAAGGACAUGGGGUGGUACUGGGUCCAAUCCAGCACACCUCUCUGAUCCUGCAUGGGAGCGUAGAAUGUUGACGACUGGCUCACCGGUUGGGGGGGGGGCGGGGGGUAGACAGGAGACGCGCACAUGCCGCAACAGGAAACCGACUCUCCGGCUUUGCGACUCGCGAGAUGUUCCACGCAGUGGGUUGCACCGCCUGGGCCGAGGAACCGCGCGAGAGAGAGAGAGUGGACGCGGGUGCCUUUGUGAAUAUCUGCGGAAAUCAUCACAAAGCGGUGGGAUUUAAAAAAAAAACAGGCAGACGUUGGUGCUCGGCAAGCACGCCGAGGUACCAGUCUCCUCGGCGCUGACGUGCUAUUUAACCCUUCUCUGUUACGGCUCUGACGGUGCUGUUUUGUUGCUGGCCGUUUGACGUUUUGGGCUUUUGAAUAAACCGCGGCUUCAGGAAGCGUGUUAAAGAUUUUUUUUUUACCCCAACACCUCUAGUGUAAUUAAUUAAUUUAUCCCGAAUACGUAUUAAGUGUUCUCUCAAAAUUAAUCCUUAAGUGCCGAAUAUAAGGGUAUAAAUAUGGCUUUGUGUGUGCAAAAAAUUCCAUUUACAAGUACGGUCCUGUAGAAACGCUACAGAAUCGGAUUAGCGCUGCCAUGUGUACAUUGCACGUGUGCACGAACGCCCUUCCAUUCACACGUAAUGUUGUAAUCAUACACACCUAUCACACUAUUUUCUUUUGUACAGUCGGAGUACAAAGGUAUUUCUAAUUCUGCGCUGGCAUGUAUAGUGGUGGUGCAGUAAGGAAAAGCCAGAUACAAAAUACAGAUUCGUUUUUGUACAGAUGCAGUAUUCAAAUACACAACCGUUAAACUGUGAACACGGAUGAAAGGGGGGUGGGGGGAAAUGCGAUUGUGUAUUCACGUAAUUAAUGUAUGAACGACACUUGUUUGUUCAUUGCUGUACACUAAUUUAAAUGAGCAGCUGGAAAAAAAAAACCCAAAAGAAGGCCGUGAUGAAUGCAUGCGUGAUAUAAUGAUGCCUGGGCCUGCCGUUUCGUAAUUGAGUCAAUGAUGUGAUCAAUAGGUACAAGAGUAAAUCAGUUUGUGGCCAUUGUUGUCAUUGUUGAUUUUGAUCAUCUUAUUUUCCACUGCAACGUGUUGUUAAAAACACAAAAGAUAGAUAACAAAGAGAAUUGCAUCAAUAUAAAUGUUGUAAAAUCAUUGAUGCCGAAGCUUGCACGUUGCACAUUCUGGGUUGGCCUGGUGCAUUGCUUCAGAAGCCAUGAAGAUGAAGCUUAUGGUGCCUCGUGAAUGGAUUAAAACACAAAGCUAACAUGAACCCAAAUGCAUGAGAAAUCAACAGCAGUGCCAUGUUUGUUACUGCCACUCAUCUCUCAAGCAUUGGCUUUCAUCCACUCUAUUUAUACUCACAGAGUCUCUAUAAAUAGUGGAGCAGAGUUAACGCCGUAAGCGCGGUAGUAAGAGCUUCCGUAGCACGGCAGGACUAUGAAAAGAAGCGGCCCGAAUAUUCUGUCGUUGGUGACGUUUUUCGCCACAAAUCUGCUGCGGGCCGUGCGUGACAGUGUCGCGUAUGCCGUCAGCUUUCUCCCACGAUGGUUGAGUUGGGUUUUGAGCCGAUGCCAGACGGUGGCGGGCGAGAAGCCGUCUCACGUGCCCGAGCGCAGCGCGCUGCGUCUCGACACUAAAGUCUACGCGUCCGACGAUGACGACACGGCGGGGGAUGGCUUGGACUUGGUCGACAUCCUGGCUUCCCGCCAGCGUUUCAGGCUGCGCAGGGACAGGCUGUGCGAGCAUAGCGAGUACUUCAGGGCCCUGUUCAGGUCCCGCAUGCAAGAGAACGAGGAGAGGACGGUGGACCUCACCUCUGUGCCCUGCGAGAUCCUCGAGCCCAUCCUGGACUUCGUGCACGACGGCCGCUUGGUGCUGCUGACGCCCGACAUCGUGUGCGAGUGCAUCGAGACGGCAAACUACCUGGUCAUGCCCGGGUUUCUGAAGGAGUGCGGCGCAUACGCACGCGGAAUUCUCGACCGGCGGAACUGCUGGUCCUUCCUGGAGUUUGCCGAGUCGAUCGCUUGCGAGGAAGCCCUGGCAGCUGCCUACUCGUAUUUGAGCAGCAACUUUCUUGAGCUGGGCAACAUCGGCAAGCGCCUCCCGCCCGAGAAGGUGGAGAAGAUCCGAAGGCUGCGGACUGAAGGCGCCAGGCACCUCUGCGUCUUGAAAAAGGAGUGCACCGUUCCCGCCCACCUGGCAAACGGAAGCGGCAGGUGCAUUUACCAUCUGAGUGUGAGGGCUGAUGGGGACGAGGCCUCAAGAGGUGGCCGCUUCUGGGAUGCCGGCGGCACGCAGACGAACGCGUUCGGCGACGGUGCGGCCGCCGCGGGCGAUGGCGGCGGCCGCAGCAGCAGGGCAUGGCUGCGCCGAAGUGAGCUGCCCUUCGCCUCUGACAAGUGGAAUUUCAGCACAGCGGUCCUGGACAACUACCUCUACAUCAUCGGGGGCCACAGGCACUGCCGGGGGGGCAGCUCCCGCUCCGAGUUCCGCUCGCUGGCCUAUCGCUACAACCCCUUGACGGACACCUGGGCCGAGGUGGCGUGCAUGCGCAAGCGGCGGCGGCGCUUCAGCCUGGCCGUGGCGCGGGGCUUCCUGUUCGCGCUCGGCGGCUGGUACCUGGACGCGCUGACGUCGCCGGACGCGCGCACCCAUGUCUACUCGGCCGUGGAGCGCUACGACCCCGCGAGCGACACGUGGACGUUCGUGUCGUCGCUGCCCUUCACCGACUUCACCUUCUCGAUGACGAUGACGCACGACGUGCCGCUCGUGGCCACGCUGCGGGACGACGUCUACGCCAUCGGCAACAUCGCCCGCACGGGCGAGAAGCUGCUGCUGCGCUACGAGGUGGCGCGCGACCGCUGGAGCGAGGUGCUGCCCACGCUGACGCGCGCCGCCGUCGACCUGCCGGCGCUCUACUGCAUGGUGGCGGCCGAGCGGCUCUACGUGCUGGGCUGCAACAACGCCAGCAGCGUGCUGCUCAGCUUCUCGCCUCAAGAGGGCCGAUGGAGCAGGCCCGCGCUGCUCCCCAAGCUGUGCCUGGUGGGGCAGGGGGCAGCCGUGGUCGCGGGGGCCGAUGGGAGCGGCGGUCCGACGGCCAUCGCCAUGCCCGCCCCCGAGCAGAACUGCGCCGUGGUGUUGGAGCUGGAAACAGGCGCCGUGCAGCUGCUGCCGGAGCUUCCCUUCCCCCCGUCGCACGAGGCCAUCUUCACCCUACACUUCCCGGCGUAGUGGCCAGGUCGAGGACAUCGGCGUGGACGGCCGCGUUUUGGCUUGAAGAGAGUAGCGGGAUGUGGGGACGCGCGAACGAAUACUGCUUAUCGGCAGGCCACCGGCUGCCCUAAACGUGUUUCCUCGUUGGCCCUGAUUGUAAUUAGGGAAACGUGCUUCCACCUCGUUGGGUCCAGCCGAAAUAUCUUCCCGGUCAAAACAGCGAUGCAGUCGCACUCAUCUGGGUUUCUCCGGUGAUUCUCGCGGCAGCUUUUGGCUGGCCAUCGAGCAAAGAAGUCACGGCAUCGCGCGCUUUCAGAUGCGCUUCUGCGGCCUUCUGGAAUGUUCUUCCUCCGCGAUAUAGAGAAGCCGCUGGAGCUAUGCGCUCUUAAAUCCUUGAGAACUCAUUGGUUUAGAACUGUUAAGCUUCUUGUCCUUCCCCCGCACCUCCAAUUAGCACAGUUGGCUACAUACGGCGCAAAAUAAGUUCUGUGUACGUACAUAGUUUACUGCCGCUUAGCCUGUGGUAGAAAAAUCCACAUUUACAUGGCAGAGGCAAUCGUGGACUUUCCACGUGCGAACAGUGCUUCAGCUGCCCCCCCCCCCCCCACUCUCUGACACGCUUUAGUUUUAAAACAGUUCGGUGUGGGAAGCAGUGGUUGCAGUGGUUAGACUUUGGGUGAAGGCACGUGUCUCCGCGUAUGUAUGUCAAAUUUAUUUCGCACCGUACGUAGCCAACCGUGCUCAUCGUCAGUGCGGGUGAAGGACAACCAACUAAACACGAAAAGCAGUUCUGAAGAAAUGAGUUUUCAAUCGAGAUUUAAAAGUGCAU